CUCUCUCUUCUUUUCUCAGUAUCAAUAUGUUUAUCUCACUUGAUUUUUGAGCCAUGGUCUCUCCUAUUUAUUGUCUACCAAACCUGCUUCUAAUAAAAAUAAUAAUUUUUCUGAUUAAUUAAUACUUUAGCGGUCUGGUCUCUAUAUGUCAGUUGGCGAACAGGAACGAGGAUGAAGAAGAGUGUAGAAUCUCUUAAAGAAGAAGAUCUCAGAGGGAAGAGGGUAUUGGUUAGAGUUGAUAUGAAUGUCCCCAUGGAUCGCAACGGCAAUAUCACAGAUGACAGCAGAAUCCGAGCUGCUAUUCCUACCAUUAAGUAUUUGAUUGAACACCGUGCUCGUAUCAUUCUCAUUGCUCGUCUUGGUUUACCAGUUGGUGACAUUAAAAAUUACAGCUUGAGGUCACUUGUACCAAGGCUGUCAGAGCUAUUGGGAUUCCAGGUUACGAUGGCAAGUGAUUGCAUUGGUGAAGAAGUUGACAAUUUAGUUAAUGCAUUACCAGAGGGAGGAGUUCUGCUGCUGGAAAAUUUGAGAUUAUAUAAAGAAGAGAUUUUCAAUGAUGAGGACUUUGCAAAUAAGUUGGCGUCUCCUGCAGAUUUGUAUGUCAAUGAGGCCUUUGGGACUUCGCACCGGUCAUACGCCUCCACAGAAGGGGUUGCUAGUCUCUUGAAACCGGCUGUUGCUGGAUUACUCAUGCGAAAGGAACUUGACUAUUUUAUUGGAGUUCUAGAAGACCCCCCGAAGCCAUUCCUUGCCAUUGUUGGUGGUGCAGAGCUAUCAACUAAGAGUCUUUUGAUAAAGUCACUUAUGGAUAAAAAGGUCGACACUUUAUUGCUUGGUGGAGGCAUUAUCUUUACUUUGUUACGCGCCAAAGGGCACUGUGUUGGGUCCUCACUUGUGGAAAGACAUGAGCUCAACGAGGCGAAAUCAAUUAUGGCCUACGCAAGUGCAAAAAAUGUACAUCUAUUGUUUCCUCAUGAUAUAAUGAUGGCAGAUAAGCAUGGUGCUGAUGCCAUGACCAAGGCUGUUCGAGUAACUACAAUCCCCAAUGAUGACUGGAUGGGUUUAGAUAUUGGACCUGAAGCUAUCAAGGCCUUUAGCGAAGCUCUAGAUGCCGCAAAAACUAUCUUUUGGAAUGGACCUAUGGGAGUGUACGAGUAUGACAAAUUUGCUGCUGGAACUAGGGCUAUUGCAGAAAAGCUGGCAGAACUUACUGAAAAGGGAGUAACAACAAUCAUAGCUGGUGGUGAUUCUGUUGCGGCUGUCAAGAAGUUUGGCCUUGCGGACAAGAUGAGCCUCAUUUCGACAGGAAGGGGUGCCAGUUUAGAGCUUCUGAAGGGGGAAGAGCUUCCUGGGCUGGAUUGCCUUGAUGAUGAUGAUGCUUGAGGAGUAUCUAAUGGUUGAGGCCAGUGUGCUGUGCAGCUUGUAAUUUAUGUGUUUUGUACUUCAGCCGUAUGCACGUGGCCAGUGUGGCUGUGCAGCUUGUAAUUUAUGUGUUUUGUACUUCGGCCGUAUGCACGUGGUAGAAUUUGAUGGACUUGAGAAUGCAUUAAACUAUAUUUUAAUGUUUUUUCUUUAUUAGAUACUUGUGUUUUAUGUUGAUGGACUUGAGAAUGCAUUAAACUAUAUUUUAAUGUUUUUCCUUUAUUGGUCUUUGCCUUCUGGUGCAAUGGUAACUCGUGCUUCUCCAAAGACUAGACUAGAUGUUGUAUGCACGGCCCAACACAGUGUUACAACAUUACACAGAUACUCUUCGU